AUGUAUAAUACAGGUGAUAAGCACACUUUCGUAUUUAAAGCGUUGGGAAAUGCGAAGUUAGAGCAUGAAAUAAGAAAUAUAAAAGUGAAAAGUGAAAAUAAAGAAGAUGAAGGAAACCUUUCGAAAUUGGACUAUGAAUUAAGUUCUUAUGGCGACUUGUUGGUUAAAGCUGUGAAACCGAUUCGUGGUCAGAAACAGCUCCUGAAACGCCUUUAUUUGGAUGUAGAUGAAGUGUUAGAGAAGUGUACAAUCAAUGAGUUGAGACGUGUUGUUUACGAACCAUCCUUUAUUACCUCACUGGAGGGUAAGAAACUGGCAGCUCAUUUCAUUUCAAAAAUUGGUGCUGACAAAUUUUGGAUAUUAGUGAAGAAAGUUGUCACGUCUGAAAAGACUAACAAGAUGCAAUGUGCCAAUUAUGGUGAGGUUUUAUUGUUGGCCUGGAAGAAUGCUGCAAAAGAUGGUAUCCAUAGACUGCAACAUCGGUUGGAAAGGAUUUUUAUGGACAUCGUUUAUUAUUCCUUACAGCAUCUUCGUUAUAAUAAAAAAUUUAUGGCGAUGCUUGAGCCGCUCGGAAAAGCCAGAAGCAAACAAAUUGAUGCAAUGAUAUAUCGCACAUUCGAGCCGAAUUUGUGGCGUUCUUUGAAGGCAGCUAAUGAAACGGUACGAUGCAAUGCUUGCUGCCUCUUCUUGCCGUUCUAUCCAUUUGUCUCGGAUGAUGAUAUCGAAAAUGCAGAAAGCGUUAGUUUGCAGCAAGGAAUAAUUAUCGAUCUUCUAAAAGAUGAUAGUUAUGGAAUUAGAUCGGAAGCAUGCAGGCGUACAUUAUUCAUACUGAGCACGUAUUUCGAUACAUUUUCUUUAGAUUUCAUCAAGCAGUGCUUGACGCAGAUUAUCGACAUUUUAUCAGUGGAUAGCAUUGUAAGUGUGAGGAUAGCAGUUUACGAAGGCAUGCGCGAUCUUUUACGCUGCGGAAGCGCUCUGAAUGCUUGUGAGCGGGCUCUGAAAUGUCUAUUUGAUAACAGAGGGAUCAAUGAUCGUUGUGACAGUGUUCGACUAGCUGCUUUUCAGUUAUUGAAUGCGCUAGUAGGUCAUCGUUUUAUCAAGCUUAGUGAAGUGGUGAAGAUGGAUCGUAUUUUGAAGGUUUUUGCCCUUGAGGAAUCUGGCAUGGUGCGGAAAGAGAUUGCGAAACUGCUGUUGCCAUCAUAUAUAAAACCACGAUUGAGUCCGGAUGAAGUGAUCCGACGCAUAAUUGUUAUGGGUCGAGAAAGUGAAAUAGCUGCUCUGUCUUUUCAUCAUAUAAUUAUUACUGAAAAUUUAAUGUCAAUCGAACAUGCUGUUCAACAUGCAAAAUCUUUGGUGCUUGCUGUAUAUAAAACAUUGCGUUCAUUGGAGGGGAUCGAUGCUUGCGAAACAGACGAUGCGAUGUCUAUAUGCUCGGAGGCAACUGUAUGUGAAACAUUCAUUGAACCAAUUCAAGAUGAAACAAAUGAGAAAUUCGAGCUUUGGCGUUCAUCGCAUUUGCUGCUGAACUGUUUGGUGGUAAUGUGGCUUCCGUUACGCCUUACUUUAGAUGAUGAAAAAUAUGUUAAGGAAAAUGAAAACCUGCAGAGACUUCUCACUAAAUUAUUCAAAUUUGCAUUUUUGCGUUAUCGAAAUACGUCAAUUUUGGAAGCAGUGAUGCAUUUGGGCAAGACUUUGGACAAUUGGAAGGAAGGAAGAGUAUUAGUAUUGCAGGAAAUGUUGCAAAAUUGUAGUUUAGACGAUGAAAAAGCUGCAAUUUAUUUGGAAGCAGCCACUAGUUGGAAUUUUUUGGCUAUCCUGAAAUUUAUCGGCGAUGCAUUCGAAACUGUUAAACAGGAAGUGUGCAAUGAUAGUCCACUGAAGAAGCGUGGAAAAAAAUCGGAACUUCCGAGUGAUGCAUUUAAUCGGUCGUUGUUAUAUUUGGACCGUAUUAUGAAGCAACCAGAAAUGAGGCAUCAGUUGGAGCACAACUAUGCUGUUUAUGUUUCCAAAUAUUUUAAGGAUCUCACUUUGUUGCGUCAGUUAAUCAUGGAAAGUAUUUUUCAACAAAGAUAUCGCUUCUCAACCUUUACUUUUACCUUUGAAAAUAUAAUUCGUGGUAUCCGUAUACAGUAUAUUUUAGCUGUUAUGAUUUUCACUGGCAGUAGAAAGGAUGACGAAGAAUUCCUGGAAAAUAUACAGGAUGAUGUAAAAUGGUUAAAAGAAUCGAUUAUACCAGUUUUAACGGAUCUAACUGAUAAACAGUUGGAUAUGAUGAUCGAAGUUUGCGAGACAUACAUUUAUUUGUGGACACAGCAGCUUAGGACGUAUAACACACCAUUUGCGUUUAGGGCAGAACUGUGUGAUGUUCAGUGGAUUGAUAAUAUAAAAAACAGUCAUGGUGCUGAUCAACUUCUUGUAGUUGUGAUAGAAUUGUUCAGAAAUUUAAUUAUUACUGCGGCCACCAGCAAUGAGCUGACAGAACUAAUAAUGACAGACACAUCGAUUUCCAUUUUCAAAUAUGUAGUCGCCUGUUCAAAGUCUUUAUCUGGAUGUUUUAACCGUAAAAAGACGGCAGAAGCUUGGCUUUCUAUCUACAAUACUUUGAGCAGCUGCAGAUUACUGACAUCUAAUAUAAUUACUGAGCAUGCAAAAAUUAUUGCUGACUUAGUUUUGGAAGAAUUUUUGAAGAUGAAUAAAAAUGUAUUGAUUUAA